CACCACCACCCGGAUCCGCUUCCUCGCCAGUUUCCCGCCGCUGCCAUUGGCCCGAGCGACUGCAUUGCCGAAGCCUGUUUACACUGCCGUUCCACGGCCGCAAAGAGGGGGAGCAGAAAGUCGCCAUGAGCUCCGAGUCGGACGAGCAUGCCCAGCAGCUGCGCAAACGCUCGCGCAGAAGCAAUAGCGGUGAAGACGCCGCUGGAGGGAAGAAGGCCAGGGGCCGCCCACGGGUGGAUACCCAGGAUGCCACAGCCGCAGACCGACGAAGGACGCAGAUUCGACUCGCCCAGCGAGCGUACCGCCAGCGCAAGGAGACGACCAUCGCAUCUCUGAAAACGCAAAGCGCACAGCUCCAUUCCAUCAUUGAGCAAAUGAACAAAAAGUUCCACCACUUGGCUGAAUCGACGCUGAAAUCCGGCUUGUUGCAGCUGAAUCCCGCUCUAGCCGAAGAGUUUAAAGCUGUCCAGGAGAACUUUUCGAGUCUUGCCAAGUCCGCUAGUGAAGCGCAGUAUGAUUUAGACGAGGAGAGUGAACAUGGGGUAGAAAGAACAGAGCGCCAGAAGCCAUGUGAGCCUGAACUCGAUCCCCAACACAUUGGUUGGGGAUACAGUCUUGUGCCACCGGUGCCGAGCAAGAAUUCUAGAUCUGUCUUGAUCAUGAACCUCGAGCCCGUCGAUCAUGCGCCACCAAAUACCCAUUUCUCACACGCCACUUCCGCUGGCUGCCAGCCGGUCCCCACCACUACUGCCGACGUCAUCAGUAGCCAUCAGUUUACAUUCGGAGAGAUAGUGGGCCAGACUCCUUAUGGCCCAGAGCCUUUGUCUGAUGCAUCGUCGUCUUUUUCAUCAUCAUCACACCAAGAAUUGCCGUUUGGUCUAGUUCCUCUUCCACGCCAAAUACAAACAGCGUACGGAACAUUAACCCCGCAUGUGUACACAGCCAGCAUACCAACGCCCGAUGAAACUGCACCUGCAAACGAAUUGCCAACGCCGCUUCUGCCGGUUCCAAGUCUACCCAACAAGAGCCUUGACCCCAUAAAGACAUAUGGUUUUGAGGAGACGACCUUCGCUAGGAGGCUAGCAAGAACAACGGCUGAGGUAGCAUUGCACCUCCUCACUUCUUUCAAUAUCUCACCUAGGAUCGAUUUUAUAUUCAGGCUUUUCCUUGCGUAUCACACGGUCGACCAAUUGCGGGAGCGUUUCCAGAACGUCAUUUCGCGGAAUAUUGAUGAGGACCUGGAUUGGUGGGACUCACCUUUCAUCCACCUGGGUGGUACGGGGACCCACUACCCACGGAGAGAUGCGGCGGGCAACGUCUUACAGAUAAAGAAUGGAUGGACCAUAGAGCAAUUAGGGUUGGCAAACAAGAGGGUGCAUAAAGUACAAAGCACAGAAGACGGGAGGGGGCACCUGACCGGAGUGGACCUGCAUGGUUUCGAGGGCGAGUGGUUCGACAGCCAUGACGUACAGGGCUAUCUGGAGGAACGGUAUGCGUGCAGACUCAACCCCAGGAGUACGUUUGCGGAAUGCUUAAUCGAUAUCGAAGAAGAUGAGCCCACAGGCUCGCAUACCAGUACAUCACGGCAGCCAUCAGAAAGCGACACGAAGCUGUCCAGUACCAGCCAUAGUUAUACAAACCCGGCCACAAGCUGCGCUUCGACGCAUGCAUCCGAAAGCCUCUACAACGGGAACGCAAACAAUGCGCUCGACCUAGACAUGGGCCUUGAUCAUGACUCAGUGCCCAAGUAUCCUGGCGGGUUUCCCAAGCUUGUCGAUCACGACAUUUCGUUUGACCAGACAUUGGGAUUGGAUCUGGCGCCCAGUUUCGACUAUGGUUUUGCAAGCAACAACGGCUUCACCACGGAUGCAGGAAUGGGCAUCAUGGGAGAGAAUUUGGAGGGCCUGCAGGGGGCAAAGCAGGCGAGAAAAAGGAGUGCCUGGUUGGAUGUUACGCGCCUGAUUUAUGAAAUCAUCCGGGGAGGAGUUUGCCUUGGGCGCGCGCCAGGAUUCAGGCGCGAAGACAUUGACCGAGCGGUAAAGGCCGCUUUGAUACAGUAGGCUGAUGAUCAGUACCGCUCCAGGACACGGGGCGCGCACACGAAACAAUUGCGCUUGCACUUGCUUCUUGGGCUCUCUGGUUAGUUGCAAGCGUGCACGGAGGCAUUUGGGCGGCGUGACGGCGUGACGGCACAGGUGUUGGCAGUGCAAUUGAUGGGAUUUUUUGUCUGAACGGAUGCACCGAGAUGAAUAUGAAGCUUGUUGAAAGGCG